UCGGAAGCGCGUCAGUGGUCCGUGUGACCAGACGACUUCACAUCUCACGAUGGCGUCCAGGCUUCUCAUGCGGAGAGUUUGUUCUGUGUCAGUGAGAGAUUUCUGCCGUCGACCCGUCACUGUCUCGUCCUCUUCAUCAUACUCUUCCUCUCUGACAUCAUCUCCUGCCGUACAGGCGUUCCUGACGCGCUCUCUCCCGCGUCCUCUCCUUCACACCAGAAGUGUUUCCUUUAAUGUUCAGGACCAGGAGGACUUCACCGACCGAGUCGUCAACAGCGAGCUGCCGGUGCUCGUGGACUUUCACGCACAGUGGUGUGGUCCCUGUAAGAUUCUCGGCCCACGGUUGGAGAAGGCCAUCGCCAAACAGAAGGGUCGAGUGACCAUGGCCAAAGUUGACAUUGAUGAACACACAGACCUCGCCAUUGAAUACGGGGUGUCGGCCGUACCCACCGUCAUAGCCAUGCGAGGUGGUGAUGUCAUCGACCAAUUUGUGGGCAUCAAAGAUGAAGACCAGCUGGAUUCUUUUGUUGAGAAACUGAUUGGACAGUGAAGCUGUCAGUCACUGCCCCACUCUUGAUCCCGCCCACCUGCCAUUUAUGACACACACACAGCUGGAACGUCUUUGUUUCAUCAGUUCUUCAGCUUUUAUUGUGUUGUUAUUAACUGUGUGUGUGUGCGCGUGUGGUGUUUGACUUCAGUUUGUAAUCUGACUCUCCGUUAGAGGGUUUGGGGCAAGUGCACAGAGUUUACCGCCGUAUGUUGAAGUAAAGUGAACUUUGACAUCCUGUAGCUGCUUUUCUUUUCUUUGGAGGCAUUUAAAGGGGUAGUUUGGACAAAAUAUUUCAUCAUUUAUUCAUUCUCACAUCAUGUCAAGAUGAGUUUCUUUCCUCUGCUGAAGACAAAAGAAGAUAUUUUGAAGAACAUUGAAAACCAAACUGCCUCAUUGACUUCUACUGUAUGAACACAAAACCUCAAAAUAUCUUCUUUUGUAUUCCACUGAAGAAAGACUUGCAAUCGUGUUUAUACACAUGGUAUAGAAAAUAAAUGAUGAGAGAAUUUUGAUUUUUUGUAAAAAUCUUUCAUCUGAUAUCGGAAUAAUGGUGUUCUUCAUCUGUCCACGCGAGGGCGCUCUUCCCUCACUACUACACAGCUGUGUGAAUCUCAUGAAAAAAGACAAAAUUAUAUUUUGCUGAAAGAAAAAGAAGCCUGUUAUUAGAAGCAUUAGACGUUUUUUGUAUAACUGUUAUAAAAUAAACAAUAUAUAUGUGUCAUAGUAGAAUUUCAAUAGGCUUCAUUUUCUCACAGAAAGUUUAAUGUCUUGAUUUUGGGAUUGGACUCUGUUCUUUUACACCCUAUUAAUGUGAACAUGUUUUUCUUUUCUUUCCAAUGUGACCGUGACUCUCCAGCAGGUUGCAUGAAGACGGUAAUGGAUUUAGAUUUGACCCCGUAUAAUCUGUAAAAUGACCAAUCAUCAAUAAAAAUAUCAAUAAUGUUGAA